UUUCCAACGCCCCUCAACUCCAAACCACCGGCCUCCCAUAAAUCCAGCCAACACAUAACCACCCUCUCUCCCUCUGCCCAAGAACCCACCGGCGGCAAGAGCCAGCCAUGGCGCCGUCGCCGCCACGGCGAGCCGCGCUGCUGCUGCUGCUGCUGUCUCUCCUGCUCCUCUCCGCCGUCGCCCGCGCGGCGCGGGAGUCGGCGGCGAGCUCGAGAGGCCACGCGGAGCUCCGAGGCCAGCACGGAGAGGUGGACGGCGAGGAGGAGGCGACGGGCUUCGCGGCGGCGGACGACGACGACGGGCCCUGCGGCGGCGGCGGCGGCGGCGGCGGAGAGGGAGGCGAAGAAGCUGAGGGGGAGUGCCUGAUGAGGCGGACGCUGGUGGCGCACACCGACUACAUCUACACCCAGGGAGGAGGCCACAACUAGCUAUUACAUAUACAUCUCCUCGCAAUCACACAGCUAGCUGCUGCCUCAGCUCAUCGGCAGAUUGCCCCAACCACCAAUCGAUCCAUAUGUGCAUGCACGGUAGCUCCGACCUCCGGAUCAUUGUACUUGCAUUGAGAUGUGUCAACCUUCCAUCCAGUGUCAGAUCGAUCAUCUUCACCGCUGCAUGACAGCAGCAGGAUCCAUGGAAGAAGAGCUGUGUUAAGUAGUUAGUGUCUCAGUGAUGCAUACAUACGAGACUACAAGAGUUUUGCGUGGCUCCUCCUACUCUUAAUGAAAUACGUGCUCGCGCAUUCUAUUCUUCGCGUCUCUGUU